AUGUCAUCAUCGACAGCACCGAAGCGUGUUCUUUCCAACACAUUUCGCUAUCCACAAUCUAAUAAUCGCCAGGAGAUUUUUCUUCAUAAUUCUUCAUCUUCUUCGAUUACAGAAGAUGAAGGGAAUAGUGAUGUAAAAAUGUUUCAUGAAACCAUUCCUGAUAAUGGAUUAGGUGAAACAGAUAGACGUAAAAAUACUCUUAUGAAUGGUCGUCAUUUAUCAAUGAAUAACCACAAUAACAAAAAGGAUACAGGUGGUCCAAUGAUUCAAGAAUUAAUUCAAUCAAACAUGGAUCUUAAAAAAGAAAUUCGUGAAAUCCGCCGGCAAUUAAAGCAUAAUAAUGGAGCAAACAAACAACGUAUUGAUCGUGUAAUUACUAGGACAAGUAGUUCAAACAAAGUGAACGUUUUGGAUGAUGAUGCUUGUUCUUUUGUACCUCCUGAACAUGAUUAUUAUAAUGAUUCAUCAGCAACAUUAUCAAAAUUACAACAAUAUAAAACAGAAGCAACAGCUUAUAAACAACAACUUGAUGCUUGUCAAGAAACAAUAGCUCAUCUUCGAAAGACAAUUGAUUCAAUGGAAAAACGAAUUGAGCAAUUAAGAACAAUUGAACAUCGACAAAUAACAAAUGCAUCUGAUCAAAACGAAAACUAUACGACAACUGCAAAUAAUAAUAAUAAUAAUAAUAAUACAGAUCAUCGAUUCAUCCAUGAACUAUUUCAUUUAUGUAUUAAAUAUGCACCACGAUCAUCAAAAUCAAAAACAACAGCUCCCAGUCAUCAAGAUAUGAAGACAUUUAUACGACAAACAUUUAAUAAUUUUAUCACAACACCAUCUCCAUCUAAGAUAAGCGCCAACAAAAAUCAAGACAUCGGUCAUUUUGUUUGUAAAUGUUCAGAUCGAAUUCAUACUGAACAUCGUCCAACGUAUCAAUAUUGUCUUAGUUUAAUUGAGCAAUGUCAAUCUCUGUUUGAUGUAACAUGUUUUACACAAUUACCAACAGCACUUAAUGAAUUAUAUUAUCGACAUGGCGAAUUAACAAAUUUUAAACGAUCAAUUGCAAGUACACUUGGUGUUUUAGAAAAUUCGAGAUUGGUUAGUUGUCCAAAAUUAAUUAAGACAUUACAACAAACACUUGAUGAUACAAAAUCAAAUGAAUUAAUUACAUUUAAAAAAAUGGCAAAAAUUAAUGAUAUGAACGAAGCUGUUUCAAAAAUUCGUUCAUAUGAUGAUUUUGUACCUUAUUAUCAUCAAUUCAUUGAACAAAUGGCCAAUUUACUCGAAGUGUCAAAAGGUGAUGAAAUAAUGCCAGCUAUAAAAACACUUAAAUUACUUGCUCAUGGUGAAAAUGAUCGACCUAAUAGUAGUACUCAACGAUCUCAUUCAUUAUUACGUACAUCAUCAUUAAAUAUACAUAACAAUAUGCACGAAAAAAAUUUAACACAUUCAAAAUCACUUCGAGUACUUUCGUCUAGGCCGGAUAUUGAAGAAACAAAUAUUAAUCAAUUUCAUAGUUCUGGAAAACAAAAUGACGAUAGUGAACAACAUGCUGAAACAGAUGAUGGAGAUUCUUAA